GUGCAUAACAUAACCUUUAUUUUUGUACUCUGUGAUACAAUUUAAAUUGCACAAAUAAAUAUAAAACGUGAUGUGAAUAACUUUACAUUAAAAUGCAAGCUUUAAAAAAAAUAUUGCAUAAUAGAAACUUUAGCGCCCUAGCACCUAGGGCUUACGGUACUACUAAAAAGAAAAUACCGACCUCCACAGACGAAGAAUUACCAAUUUUUCAGUACUCGGUGAGCAAGAGUUCUGAUCGGCGGGUGUAUGCAUGGGGCUUGGCUGAGACUGGAGCCCUGGGCAUUCACAUGCCGCGGGGCAAGAAGCGAGGAAAGAAAGCUUACAAGAACAAUUUUUCGUUGGCCUGGUACCCAAUGAGGUCUACUUUUGGAGAAAAAAUUGAUGUAACAGAUAUAGCAUGCGGAUACGGGUUCACAGUAUCUUCGGUAAAGACUAGUGAACAGCACAAAGUGUUUGGUAUGGGCAUCAACACAGAUUCACAGAUCGGUUAUCAUGCUCCGCGCAUGGGACAUCCACUAGAGUUGUUGUUGAGCCCCGCACCCAUUUAUGUACCUUAUAAAUCUUUAGAAACUAAAAUAACUGGCCUAGCUGCCGGUAGAGCCCAUACAGUAAUACUCACAGACACAGAAGGAGCAUACACAUUAGGCAACAACGCGUACGGCCAAUGCGGCCGUAAAAUAAACAGUCACGAGGAAUAUAAAGGAAGCAUGGUCACAUACAACAUACGCAGUCUGGGCAAGGAGAGAAUCACGAAUGUGAGCUGCGGGCAAGAUCACACUCUGUUCAUAACAGAAUCGGGUCGAGUGUGGGCGUGCGGGUGGGGCGCGGACGGUCAGACGGGUCUCGGGACGUAUGACAACGCUAGUGCGCCUGCCCCGGUGAAGGGCGACAUUACUAGCGAGAGGAUCGUCAAGGUGGCUUCGACUGGGGACUGCGUGUUGGCUCUUAGCGAUAAAGGAGAGCUUUUCGGCUGGGGCAACUCUGAGUACGGACAAGUCCCAAUGGCGACACAGCACCAGCAAGUGAAUAUGUCGUAUGCAUUGUACAGUUUCACUCGAGGACUGGGCAAGAUCGUCGAUAUAGCUAGUGGAGGCUCUUUCUGUCUUAUUGCUAACGAACAAGGCGACGUCUUCGUAUGGGGCUACGGACUACUAGGUCUCGGCCCCAACGUGUCCAACAGCACCAAACCCAAGCUAAUACCGCCAGCUUUCUUCGGCCGCAACGAAUUCAACCCCGAAUGCGUGGUUCAGCAGGUGGUCUGCGGUAUCGGACAUCUAGCAGCUAUUACCAAUAAUGGGGACCUUUAUAUGUGGGGAAGAAAUAGACAUGGCUGUUUAGGCUUAGGUCAUUGUAAGGACCAGCAUUUUCCCAUGAAAGUGGCGGUUGGCGCACAUGUCCUAAAAGUAGCCUGCAGCGUGGAUCACACUAUAGCCUUGAGUAAACCGUUUGUGUAGAGUAGAAUGUUUGGGUAUGCUGAGAGACCUGAUGUUUAUGUUAAAUAAAAAGUUAAUUUCCUUCA